AUGCCGACCGUGCUGCUCACCUUCGGCUCCGGGGCCUGCGGGGAACUGGGCCACGGCCGCGCCGACGAGGCGCGGCGCACGGAGGCGAGGGCCGUGGAAUUCCCUGUGCCCGGUCAGCACGGCGCGGAGUGCGUGGCGCUGGGCACGGACCACUCGCUCGCGGUGGUCGGAGGCAGCGCCUACCGCUGGGGGCUCCUCGGCGCCCACACCGUGCCGAGGGCGUGGAGGAGCGGCCCUCCGGACGCGCACCGCGAGGCCCCAGAAGUGGUGCCCUCGCCGGCGGCGAUCGCUGGCGGUGCAGGCGGCGAGCCGGGCGGCGUGGGGCCAUUCGACGUGCAGGCGGUGGCCUGUGGAGGGUCGAACUCCUACAUGCUGAGCGCGGACGGCGAGGUCUUCUUGCUGGGGGGGCUGUGGCCUCCAGGAGGCGACCCGUGGAGCGUGCGGCGGCUCUGGGGCGCCGCCGCCGGAGGCCCGCCCUCGCGCGUGGCGCGCGUGGCCGCGGGCUGGCGGCACUGCCUGCUGCUCACCGAGGUGGGCCGCGUGUUCGCCCUGGGGGACGACGAGCACGGGCAGUGCGGCGGGAACAGCACCGGCGGCGCCGCCCUGGCCUUCCCCACGCGCGACGCCAUAGUAGGCAUCGCGGCCGGGGCCUGCCACUCGGCGGCCGUGGACGCCGCGGGGCGCGUGUUCGCCUGGGGCUGCGGGGGCAACGGGCGCCUCGGGCUCGGGGGAGGCCCGGCGCACUGCCGCUCGCCGGCGCCCGUGGACCUCGGCGGCGAGCCCGCGUGCGACGUCGGCUGCGGGGCGAACUUCACCCUCUUCGUGACCCGCGGGGGCGCGGCGCUGUGGGGCUGCGGCAGCAACCGCUGCGGGCAGCUGGGCCUCGGCGCCGCCGACCGCGCCGCCCACGAGGCGCCCGAGCGGCUCGACUUCCCGAGGAGGGGCGACGAGAUCGUAGGCCUGGCCUGCGGCUCCAACCACGCGCUGUGCCUGACGCGCGGGGCCAGCACCGCCCAGCCGCGUCGGCCCAACGACCACGAUGCCGGCCGCCCGGUCGUCUGGGCCUGGGGCUCC